AUGAACGAAUGCAUUCCUCUUCGUUUAGUUCGUGAUGGGGUGUGCCAUUGUACACCGAACCAAGUCGGCGGACAGUCAACCAAAUGUGAUGAUGAAAGUAGUGGCGCAGGUCAGGAUUUUCGAAGUAAAAUUAUUUUCUCUCUAAUUUGUGACCACACGACACAUCUUUACCCCAAACUAAUUGAUGGUCGAAAUCAAACUGAUGAAACAGACUGUGAACAAUGGGCGUGUAACAAUAUUUACACUCGUUGUAAUAAUUGGUGGAACUGUCCAAAUGGUGCUGAUGAACUUAAUUGCAACCCGUUGCCAGUAUUAAAUUGUUCAUCAGAUAGUCAUAUAUGUGGCUCAUUUAAGACGAAUGAGCUCAUAUGUUUACCCAUCGGGAAAGCGAAUGAUGGUGUUGUUGACUGCAUUGGUGCUACUGAUGAACCCAACAUAUGUCGACUGGGAGCACGAGCUAUUGAGGAUGGCACGUUUCAUUGUUUAAAUAGCAGUCGUCGAUCUUGUAUACGAUGGUAUCAGGUAUGCGAUGGAACACCGCAUUGUAAAAAUGGUGAGGAUGAACAUAUAUGUAGCAGUAUUAGUGACAAUGAGCCGAACACCUGGUUUUGCGAAUCGUCAGACUCUGAUGCCGUUUCUGACCCUCAAAACGUAUUUUGUGGUCCGUUUUACAAAGUAGACUAUAUUGCCAUCGUUUCAUCGCAUUUUAAACUAGAAAAAACUCCAAGGUUACACACAACAAAAGCCGCUGGCAAGAUCAGUCAUACACAAUCUCUUCACCCGACUGCUGAAACUAAAAGUCAUCGACAACGUUGUCAUCGAGGCCUGGACCUACAAGUUUGGCUAAAUAAAAAAAGCAACUUAACAGAAUUAGUUUGCCUUUGUCCACCUAGUUUCUAUGGAAAUCAGUGCCAAUUUCAAAACCAACGAAUCAGUGUUACAGUCCAAUUUCUUGUUUCAUCAGAUUCGAUAGAAAUACCAAUUAUAAUCGUUUUCUCAUUGAUGGACAAUAGUUCUCAACAAAUGAUUCAUUCCAAUGAACAAAUCACCUAUUUAUCAAAAAGGUAUUGUCAGAAGAAAUUCAACUUUUAUCUAUUAUAUUCUGCUCGACCCAAAGAUGCAAACAAGGAAUAUUUUAUUCAUAUCGAUAUUUAUGAAAGAGAAACAUUGACUCAUCGGGGAAGUAUGCUCAAAAUAAUUUUAUUCACAUUCCUACCAGUCUAUCGUCUGUCAUUUCAAAUGAACGUACCAAGUAUUUUUGACAAACCGGAGAAUUGUUUAGACAAUCAAUGUAUCAAUGGGAAAUGCAUCAAAUAUUUCGAUGAUUUAAAUGGUCGGACUUUUUGUCAAUGCAAACCUGGAUUGAGUGGUCGUCAUUGUGAUAUUUCACAUCAUUGCACAUGCUCAUCAGAUUCCUUAUGUAUUGGUACUUUACAAAGCAAUCGAUCGAUCUGCGUUUGUCCUUUGCAGAAAAUGGGUAGUCGAUGCUUGCUAAAUAAUACCUUCUUAUGCGAAAAUAACAAAAAACCAAUAUGUUUAAAUGGUGGUCGAUGUUUAAUUAUCAAUGAAUAUCGAACAAUUGAUAAACAAGUCAUUUGUAUUUGUUCGAAGGCAUUUACCGGUGAAAGAUGCGAAACACUUCAAACAAAAAUCACUGUUGCAUUCGGUAAUGGAAUUUCUGUACCAGCUGCCAUUUAUAUGCAUUUUAUUACAGUUGCUGAAAAGAAAAUGCCGCAGCAUGCCACCAAUUAUAAAAUAAUUCCAUUCGGGCAACGUUCUGUGACUAUCUAUUGGCCAUAUGAAUUUCAUCUUAUGUUCAUCGAGUGGAAUGAAAAAUACUAUUUAAGUAUCCUACAAAAACAACAUAAUCUAUCGGCGAUAAUUCAACGAACGCUUCAUCCGUCAGAUCGUUGUCUACAUAUUAAUGAAUUAUUCAAUAAAACUGUUUUAAACCUUCAUAUUCUUCAUCGUAUUAAAUAUUACCACCAGCCAUGUUCAUCUCAACCUUUGGCUUGUUUCUAUGAUGAAACCUACUUAUGUAUAUGCCAAUACCACUACGGUAAACAUGUUUCGAAUUGUAUGGAAUUUGCACAUAAUAAUACGCAGAGAUGUUCGAGCAGAAGUGGUUGUAUGCAUGGUGGUGAUUGUCUUCAAGAUAAUUUGAUAUGUCCAACGACAUCAUUAUGUGUAUGUGCUAAAUGUUAUUAUGGUACCCAAUGUCAAUUAAGUACGUAUGGCUUUAGCUUAUCUCUGGAUGCCAUUCUUGGUUAUCAUAUCCAACCAAAAUAUGGAAUAUCUAAUCAAUCGUACCUAGUUAUCCUGAGUAUAAUCAUAACUACCAUUGUGAUAGUUGUGAGUUUAAUUAAUGUUAUUUUAUCAUUGAUUACUUUUAAAGACAAAGUCAUUCGACAAUCCGGUUGUGGGAUUUAUCUUUUAUGUUCAUCGAUCUUUAUUUUAUUGACAAGUGUGAUAUUUGCAUUGAAAUUCUCAAUACUUCUAUUGUCACAUAUAAAAUUAAUUCAGAAUCAAGUAUUUCUAAAGGCGCAGUGCUAUUGCAUAGACUUUCUUCUCCGAUUUUGUUUAACAAUGGAUCAAUGGUUAAUUGCAUGUGUUAGUAUUGAACGAUCAUUUAUUGUCAUCAAAGGCCUAAAUUUUAACAAGAAAAAAACACGAUCGUUGGCUAAUUGGGUCAUAUUCGUCUUGCUAUCAGUCGUUAUUGGUACAACUAUUCAUGAUCCAAUUCAUCGAAAAUUAUUCAUAGAAAGCAAUGAUGAACAAAAUCGAAUUUGGUGUGUUGUUGAAUAUCCAACUGCUAUGCAACUAUACAAUUCAAUCAUAAGUAUUUCGCAUCUUGUCUUACCUUUUCUUAUCAAUAUCACAUCGGCUAUCCUAAUCAUCACUAUCAGUACUAAACAGCAAGUAAAUCUGCAAAAACGACGAACGUUUAAACGAGUAUUACAGGAAGAAAUACAAAAGCAUCGCAGUUUCCUCAUUGGACCAUUUGUAUUGACUAUACUUGGUAUUCCACGUUUAAUUCUCACAGUUGUAUCAGGUUGUAUGGAAUCUGGUAAUCAUUCGUGGCUAUUUCUUCUAGGAUAUUAUAUAUCACUAAUUCCAACGUUGCUUACAUUUGUUCUCUUUAUCUUGCCAUCAACCACAUAUAAACAAGCAUUUGAUAAAGCUGUUCGUGAAUAUAAAAGUGCCUUGAGAAGAUGUUUACCAGGAUAG